UAUUUUCCGUUUCCCUGCAAGAGCCAGAUGCCGAAGAGCGCGCGACUCUCGUAUAAGGACACGCGAGACAGAAAUGUGGUGAAUUGUACUACGAAUUAGAUUAUAAAUAUUUAUCUUUUGAAAUCCAUUGUAAAAAACAUGGCAAAUACUGACAAGCUUAUUUAAGUGCAUGUAUUUUUGACAUUAGUGAAUCUAAUCAAACAACUUUUUUUUUAAAAAAGAUGAUGUGGGAAAAAAACGUCUGGAAAAAUACAGUCUACUUCUCCGUAUGGCUUAUAAGUUUGGCAGGAAAGCUAUGCAUUGCAGAUGAACUACCGACAUGCUUGCCACGUGACUACCACUAUGAAUUUACGGAAUGUGAUGAGAGUGGUGGAAGAUGGAGAGUAUCUGUCCCCAAACCAGGGACAUGCGUGGGUGGUGCUCCCAAUCCUCCAACGCGCGUAAAUGACUGCCGAAUAUCUUGCGAUGCUGGAACAUACUUUAAUCGAACAACUUUAGAAUGUUUAUCGUGUCCUCCAGGAACAUUUUCCCUAGGUGGGGGAGUGAAAUUCGAUUCCUGGGAUCACCUGCCUCCCGGAUUCCAUGUUUCUGUAGAAUCGUUUGAAAGCAGUUUUCGCCUCUUGCACAAUUUCGUAUCGGAAUCUGGAGUGGGAGUGAAUUGCUCUGAGUUCGGAUGGAAACCAACAAAGUCAUUUAUAUCUUCCCAUGGUGGUCCAUGUGCAGCAACCCUCACGUAUUCUGUGGAAUUGGUCAAGCCGGGAGUAUUAUCCUAUACUUAUCAAUACACUGAUCCUUCCAUUUUAUUCAAUUUCGAGGCUCAAAAUGAUCAGUGUCAAUCAAUCGAAGACGUUGAAAAGUAUAAAUGGCCCCGUACAACCGAAGAAGCUAAAUGGAGAACGUCAACGGUACAAUUGAAAGCUGGGUUAAAUGUUCUUUAUUGGAAAACUGUUGGAAUGGGUUUUUCGGAGAAAAUGCGGAAGCCCAAGCCAAUACGCAUUAAGAAAAUUGAAAUAAGUGGAGUUGCAUAUACAUCUGAAUGUUCUCCUUGUGCAUCGGGAUCUUACAGUAGUUUAGGUUCAAAACUCUGCACGCCAUGUCCCGAAAAUACUUAUUCUGUAUCGGGGUCUUCCGAUUGUUCUUCCUGUGAUUCAGUGACACAGUAUUCUCCUAGAGGUUCCUCAAAAUGUCUGGAUCGACCACCCUGCAGGAAACAAGAUUACUAUGAAGUACACACUCCAUGUGAUGAAAUGAAGACAACACAAUUGAUCUACAAGUGGGUUGAACCAAAAAUCUGUCGGGAUGAUGUUCCGGAUUCUGUCUCUCUCCCCAUUUAUUCUGAUAGAAUUCCUUGUCCACCCUGUAAUCCAGGCAUGGAAUAUGCUAACCAAUCUAUGUGUGCUUUCUGUGAGAAAGAUCAUUUCUCCGAUGGAUCUGAACCUUGCAGACCUUGUCCACCUUCCACAGCUCCUAACUAUGGACUAUUUUUCCAAUGGUGGCCUGAAAUACCUCCUGGCAUGUAUUCAAGAUGCAUGAGUUUAGAAGAGGGAGGAUGCAUGUCCAACGUUGUAUGGCAACCUUCGGGUGACCAUAUUCGAACAACAUCAGGACAAAGUAUAGAUGCAUACCUCAUUCUGUCGCUCGAUGUUCCCGGAUUUAGGACUAAAGAGAAAAUAAUUAAUGGUCAAGUGGCCGAAAUCGGGACAAUCAGUUUCACAUUUGAGUUGAUAUGCUCUCAAGCCUGUGUGUUUGCUUUCAUGAUGAGCUCAAAUCGUAAACCAGUGACAGAAAUUCAAAGUUGGAGUGGACGAACUGCAAAACAGCACUUUAGCUAUGACAUUAUUGCAGACGAUAGUUACACUUUCAAUUGGGUGUUCCAGAAAUUAGGCAUUGGGGAGAAUGCCUCCAUUGAAAGCAUCCAAAAUGACGUUGCCAAAAUCUAUGACAUAACUGUCCUGAAUACAAUUUCAGGAGGAGCGUCAGAAUGCCAGCCAUGUCCACAGGGUAUGGAGACUCAAGGGUUGUUGAAUCGAUGCAUACCAUGCCCUCCAGGUUAUUACAUGAAGAACUCCAAUGGUCUGGAAUGCUUCCCAUGCCCUUACAAUACCUUCUUGUGGAAAGCUGUUCCUGAGGGUCCAGAAUCUUGCAAAUCUUGUGGACCAGGCUUGAGAAGUGAAGAUGGACAGAGAUGUUACAGCGAUUGCAGAGUUUAUCUUUUUGAUGGAACAAUAUUUGAUUUAACUACUUUGCCCAUGUUCACCGAAGUGAGGGGAAGUCCCUUAUUUACCGCCAGUGGUACUCAGUAUUUUCAUGUGUUCAACAUUUCUUUAUGUGGUUCAAGUGGUAAACCAGUAGCUAUGUGCAAAAACAAUGUAACCUAUCAUUCCUUGGAUCCACAAACAGAAGAAAUGGUAAAUUCUUUCAUAUGCCGCGCUACUGUUGUACCAUCACAAAGUAGUGAAAGCCGAGACCCCCUGGUAACACAAUCAGUAAGCCUUGGCGACACAUUAGUUGGUAUUACUACUAAGCACAAACUGGGGAAUAUCGAAGUUGUAGACGAAUUUGUUGAAAGUGCUGAAGGACAGUCAGAUAUCCAUUUCUUUUAUUCUUCGACUGAAAAGACGCAAGCUUGCAGUGAGGGUAGGACCACCACCAUAACACUGAGAUGUGAUAGCACCAUGGAAGGAAAUGGUGUCAUUUCACCCCCAUCUUCAUGCUCUGAUGGUACAUGCAACGGUUGCAAUUUCCAUUUCUUGUGGAAAACAAGGCUUGCAUGCAGAGUAUGCACUGAAAGUGACUACCAAAUUGUGCGUGGAGAGUGUUUAAAUGGUAAGCAAACUCUCCAUUACAUUUCUCCUCAAGGCUGCAUAUUACCCAAUGGUUCGCCAGAGGAUACCUUCAGGAAAACUAUUCCUUGCACCAUGAUUCCAAAGCAACUGCAACUUGUCAUUGGGGCUGGAGUUGGACUUGGCGUACUUCUCCUCGUCAUGGUUGUUUAUUUCUGGAAGAAAAAUAGAAAAUUAGAAUUUAAGUACAUGAAGUUGAUCCAAUCCAGUUCUUCCAAGGAUGGCGAACUUCCCGCUGUUGAGAGUUGCGGCAUUGAAGGGGAUGAGGAAGAGCAAAGUGUUGGAGUUGAAUUCAGCGAUGAGAAGAAACCUUUAAAGAAAUCUUUGCUGGAUUUUGGGAAAUUUCGCACAAUAAGAAUAGGAAAUAAUAAAGAGUUUGAGUGGGAGGAAACUGAGGCCCUGGAAGGCUCUUGGACACCUGCUAAUUGAUGCCAGUGUAGGUCUUCGAACCCAAUACCGUCCAUUCUUCAAGAAGAAACAGUAUAGGACUGUAUAUUUAGGAGAAGACCAAAAUGAAAAUGAAAGCUAAGAUAAUAAUAUUUGAACAUUGUGAUGUUUUACUUUUAGAGAACUGUCUUUAUUGUUUUGCAUUUAUGUUUCGCUAUUUUCAAGCAUGCAUUGAAGACAUUAAUUGAGCUAUCUUUUGUGAAUCCAAAACCUAUUAUGCAAGUACAAUGGACAGGUGCACUUUAAAAAGAGAAUUCUUUCAAAACUCACCAUGAGGCUUUGGAGUUGUAAAAUGCAGGUUUCAAACUUGGAAGUCUAUUCUUUGUCCUACUGUGUUGUUGUUGUUGUUGUAAAGAAAAUUGGGACAAAUUAAUGUAAUGAAAGAAAUAUAAUUAUUGUUAAUCAUAAAAUUGUAAUCAUGUUAGUGCAAAUUUGUGUUUAUAAUUUACAACAUUCCUUGAAUAUUUUGUGUGUUUAUGAACAAAUUCUUAUUAAAAAGUACUUUAAAAAAAUACGGGUCAAUUUAAUAUUAUAUAUUAUUUUACACAUUUUGCACAGUCAAUUCGGUGAAUGGCAGUCAUUGCAACUUGCUCAUGACGCAAUCUAUUGAAGACUUGAAUACAUUUAUUUUACAUAAAAUAGAAAGAUUGCAUGUUGAAAUUUUUUUUUAACAAAAUAAGAGUAAUUUUAUUUGAUUUUGUUGUCAAUAACUUUUGUUUUUGUGUAAAAGGUAUUUUAGAUAUUGUUGUAAGAUAUUCUUUUGCAAACAGUUAUUUAAGCUGAUUUUAUGAGGAAAAAACUCUAGUGCUAGUAUGAAUGCAUUCAACUACUAUAUAUAAGUUGAAACAUUAAUUUUUUGUGAUAACAAGUAAUAUUUAUUCCAAAAAUAGUCAAUUUAAAGUGAAUAAAAACACCAAAUUUUUUAAAAUUAAUAUCGAACAAUGAUUCACCUAACUUUUUUAUUUAAUCUGUGUAAGUAUUUAUUAAAAAUAUGUAUAAAAUUUUAAUAAAAUCCGUAUAAUUAGUUCGUUUAAGGUUAUUCAAUGCACUUAAAGCGCCAAAGCAUUAAAACACAUAACACUGAUAUUUAUUUCUUCCUCUUUAUUUUAUUGAUUAUUUUUGUUAAAUUAUGCAUUUAGUAAAUUUUCAUGUUAAGCUGUGUAAAACAACUAAUAACAGAGUAUAACUGUCAACUUACUCUACAUAAAUUAAAUUUUUUAAAAAAAACAUUGAUAUUUGUAAAAUAAUAAAUUAACCUUUAUUUGUCAUCAUACUCAUCAUCAGUUCAUCCAAAAUGUUGAUAAAAAAUUGUCAUUGCUUAAACUCAUAGUUAGGGAAAUUAUAAUAAAACUGCUUUCAUUUGGUAUUUUCAUUUUGUAGUAAAUUGUUUAUAAUUACAUUAUUAUGAAGAUAAUUUAUAAAAAGAUGAAUUCUGAUUUUGUUUGUUGAUUUUUUGCUUAAGGCUGUUUUUUGAAAGCUCUGUCGUAAUAUGAAAUUAGGCAUUUUUGCGAAUAAUAUGCUAUUUAACUGCAGUGAGAUUGCAGUUGUUACUCAAGGCAGUUAGGUCAAGUUUAGCCUAUAUGAGGCCAGCGAUGUUAUUUUGAAAAUGGUGCAAAACGUCAGUAUGGAGAAACUCCACAGUUUUGUGAAAAUGAAAAACGUUUUGGUCUAAUUUUUUAUUAUUUAAAAACUUACUCCAAUGCUGCAUUAUCUGGGCUCAUGCAAAUUUGCGAAAACUAAGAAUAAGGCAGUGAUUUUGAUAAUUUUCAUUUAGGUGGGAAAGUUGCCAAAUUAGGGAUUUUUGAAAAAGUAUAAUAACUUUUAAAAUAUUUAAGUUUUUUGUCUGUUCUAAAAAAGCCUAGAUAAUUUUGCACUACAAAAUUAUAUACAUAGUUUAAAAUCAUCACAUUGUGUGAGUACUUAAUCUAUGGCUUUUUUAUUUUCCUUUGCGACCGAGCUUCGAAAAACAGGGUUAAGUCAAAAUGGGAAUUCUUAAAACUAAAUAGCUUUCAAAAUAAAAUAAACCUACUAUAUUAGCAUAAUUUUUGAACUAAUUGAUAUGCAUUACAAGAAAAGUGUGAAUGGUCGUACACAUGUAUUCACUGUUAACUGAAAGAAUUUUACGUUAUUCUUUCUUACUUUUCAUCAACAAAACAUGCAUUCCAGAAGAAAAACUAUGUUAUGGUUACACGGAUUGAUUACACUUCCUUAUUUUUAAUGGCAAACUGUAUGUUUCAUCAGGAGAAACAUGGGAAAAAAAGGCAUAUGUGGAAUAAAUUUUUCUUCUGGAAUGCACGUUUUGUUGAUGGAAAGCCAGUGGAGUAAAAAUUAUGUACAACUUGUAAAAUUCUUUCAGUUAAGACCAUUUAUUCUUUUUCAGUAAUGUAGUAUAUGUUUUGCCAGGAAAAAAAGCAUAAGUUGUGAUAGGUUUUACAUGAAAAAUGCAAUUAUGGUAACCGUGAGAGAGAUUUCGACUGAUGUUAUUUUGCUGGCAAAGCAUUAUCACCUACCUAAAGAAUUGGGUGCUUAGACACGAAAUAAACGAAGAAUUGAUUGCAGUAGUUAUCUGGUUGUACUAAAAUACUGUGCUUUUUACUUCAACUAAAAAAUUGUAAUAGUCUGUUUUUUGUGCAUCUGUAUAGAUUAUGUUGAAUGUUAAAUUUAUAUUGAUCAACGUUCUUUUCACCCUGUACAUAACGCAAUAAGUGUUUCGGUGAUAAAAAUGAGUUAUAAUGUAUUUUUGAUGUUAUUGUUGUUUCAUAUAUAUUUUUAUGGUUGCUCGAAUUUUGUGUGCUUAUAAGGAAUGUAUAUUGUAAAAUUUCUAUAUUGGAUAAAUAAUGUUAAUAUCGGAUUUUUAAUUCAUUGGGCUAUAAAAACUAUUUUUUUCCCGCAAGAUUAUUAAAAUAAUCAGAUUGCCGUAAAUCUGCCUAGACAUGUUUUCACUUUAAUAAACGUCACGGUUAAGUAUUUAAAUAAAUGUUUAAUUUCGGGUCCGUUUUGUACCUUUAUUUAAUUUUAAUACAAAUAAAAAAAAUUUCAGAUCAGGUAUUAUUUUACAUUCAAAAACCACACAUGAAGAAAGUGAUUUUUUUUAAAAUUUAUGUGCUAUUUCUUAACAUAACUAUUCCUUGUAAGAUAGACAUAAUGUUGUAUAACAUAAUGUUGUUUUUUACAAGUUAAGAAAUUUCUGAUCAGGUUUCUUUUACAUUUAAAAAACCACCCAUUGCCUGAAAUAAGUGUUUUUCUUUUUGCAAUUUAUGUGCUAAUAUCUUUACAUAACAAUCCUUGUAUGAUGGACGUAAUGUUGGAUUUUCUCAUCAUAUAUUUUUCUUUAUAACAAUUUGAGUUCUUAGUGUAUAAAGGAUCUAAGUAACAUUGAUCUUGAGUAAAUUGACUUUAAAUUUUAUAUAAUGGUUAUCCCUGUAAGUUCCCGAUUGGUUAAACCUACAAAUCCUUGAAACCUAUUUAAAGUGUUCACGUUGUAGCUCUUGCAGUCUUUCCACUUUCCUUUUGUUGCCAAAAGACAGAUUGCACUAUUUUUCCUUUAAAUUAAACUAUGAGAUUCUGUAUGUACAAAAGAUGCUUCAAUCAAAUUCAAAAUGGUCCAUUGCACUUCCUUUUUGUAGGAAGAAAGUCGACAAGCUUCUAAUAGUAUAUCUCACUUCAUGAUGCAUCUACUAGAGCUUUGAAACUGGGGGAAGGUAAAUAAGACUUUUGUCGCCAAGUUGGCGACGGUCCCAUUCUCAAUAAAAACACCUUUCUUUUGUAAGUUGUUAUUGUGUGCUGUUAAAAUACAUGAAGUUGCUGUGCUAAAAUGUGAUUUUUUUUUUUGAAAAAUAGUGCAUGAGAAACAAAUUAUUACAAAUUCGUUAUUUUCAAAUGAAAAGUCCAUUCUGCCAUUUAGUGCCUUCAUCUACUAAGUUCUUCAAAAUUUAAAGACUUUGCAACGUUGUAUAGCUUAAAAAAGAUAAAAUAAAAUCUUUCUCUGAGAAAUUUCUUUUAAUGUAACCUGGGACCUUUAUACACUACUACUUUCAAUUUGUUAAAUGUAUUGAAUGAACCACCAACUGUGUUGUUAAUUGUAUAAAAAUAGACUACUUUCUGGUUCAACUCACUUUUAUAAGCUUUGCUUGCUGCAAAAGGGAACAAGCUGUACGAAUACAUUUCUUCGACAGUUCUUUGUACUAUUUCUCGUAAGAUCAAAUUCAAAUAUAUAACUAUUUUGGCCUGUUUUUUUUUUCAAAUGUACCGCCAUAAAUGAAUGACUGAAAAAUAAACACUAUGUAUAGAAGAUACAAACUAUGAGAACUGUAAUUAUGUAAUAGAAUUAUUAUGCAACACAUUUAAUCUUGUUAUUCUUUUUAUAUUAUCAAGUAUUUUGAAAAAGAACUUUGAGUAGACUGUAAUAAAGGAUGUAUUUGCUGUUUCAAUUUUAGUUUUCAAUUAUUAAAUUGAAAAGAAAGCAAUUUACACUAAUAUUAUGAGCAGGAAUUUUUUAUUCUUUCUUAUAUAGGAAUUCCAUAUUCCGUUUUUUAUUUUUAGGAAUUCUAAUUUUUUAGAUUGGUAUUCUAUUUUCAUGUUGUUUUUUAAUACAGGAAUUCCAUAUUCCUUUCUUUUAGGAAUUCUAAUUUUUUAGAUGGAUAUUCUAUUUUCAUGUUGUUUUUUACAUAGAAAUUCCAUUUUUCUUUUUUUAGGAAUUCUAAUUAUUUUUAAUUGGAAUUUUAUUUUCCUGUUUUUUUUUAUUUAGGAAUUCUAUUUGUACGUAUUUCAUCAUACCAAAACUUUAUGUAUAUGAAUUCUAUUUUUAUGUUCUUAUUUUACUUUUGUUGUUUUAUGUGUGUGACCAUAUUAAAGUACUGAAAGCUUUACUUGGGUGAGUGGCUUUCUAGUCAAAAAAUAUAACCGUUCUUUUUUUUUUCCUGCUUUUUAUUGAAAUUUCAAUGAAGGAAAAUUGCUGCUUAUUACAAAUUGAAAAAAGCAAGUCUAAUGAAAUGAUAAAUUUAUAAAUUGUUAAUGGUAGAUUUUAGCUUUAUGUGAAUUUUAUUCUGUCAAUCCACAUUAAAAGAUUAUGUGAUGAAUAAA